AUGAUAACGGAUCUAUAUUCCCUACCACUGGUCGCUCAAGUCGGUGAGCCACUCGACGAAAAUCUGGAGCGAAUUGUGGAAACUGUGCAAUUUUCGAUUUUCUGUUUCACAUUGCCAUUUUAUGUUUUUGUCACAUAUUUUCUACUGGACGCCUUGCAUCGCGGAAUUGACGAGUUGUCGACACCAUUUUUUAGGCUUUGUAUUACGACUGCGUUCCUUGAUAUCUGGACCCUACUGAACAACUAUCUCGGCGCCAUGUUUCCCAAAUGGGGUUGGGGAACGAGUGUUUAUUUAUUUUUGGAUUCAUAUUAUGCACAUGCGUAUUUGUAUUUUGCAUGGGCUUCUGGAAUCUGCCAGGCAAUGUGUGUGUCUCUAAUGGCGACCAAUCGAGUAUCCGCAAUAUUAUUUCCAAAUAGACAUUCUAGGAUUUGGAGCUCCACACGUCUCCGAAUAGCCAUCGCCGUGCAAUUUCUACCGGGCUUGUUAGCCGGUCUCGCAACAUUUUUCAACGAGACCCAACUCUAUCGCAACACGAAAAACGGAUUAAUUCCGCGGUUCAAAAGGUCGGAUUCAGGGAAACGGAAAAACUUCAUUGCCGUCUUAUUUGUGAUUGCCGGCGGGUUUUUGGCCACUGUGUGUAUUUAUUUAAUAAUUGCCUAUUGUUACUUGAUAUUUAUGCUUAGGAAGAGUAGUAAUGCGAUUAAGAACACACAAUUCCACAAGUCGCGGGCGGUGAUUAAGAAAAAGGAGGUGAAACUGUUCUUCAUGAGUAGUAUUACAGUUGCAAUUCAAAUUUCCAUACUAUGCCUUGUCAUUGUCUAUGCCACGUCACUACUGAACUUCCCGCUUGACAAAUUCUAUCUAUUCUACAAUGCUAUAAGUGACCUCUAUGCCGGAAUCAACCCAUACCUUUUAUGGAUCUUCUCGGAUUCUCUACGGAAACAUAUCUGGCAUAGAAUCGGGUGGCGGCGGACUUGGAAGAUACCCACCUCCUCUGUUGUCACUGUUAAUCAGAUUUAA